AUGAAGGACUGGCCGGGUGCAAUGCUCGCGGCACAGACAAGGCUAUUCACGAGCAGCACAAAAUCACGGAGGCAGUUUCUGCGGGAGGAGCUACUGGUUCUGGCAAAUCAUGGCGAUCUCAGUCUAUCGCAGAUCAUGGAUGUAUUCAAGCUUCUUACCUCUACCUACUCCCGAUACGUCGAUUCAGAAUCAAGAGCAGCUGUGGAAGAAGUGGGUACCGCACUCGUUCGCCGGGACGAGCUUCGAGGGACACCCCAGGGCGAAGCGGACGAGAGCAAGUUCGGCGUAACAGAACAGGUGCUGGGAUGGAUGUCGCAGGAGGUUGGACGAAUAGCUAAGCGACCCAGCUCUCAUGCUGCCGCAGACACGUUUGUACUGCUCAACUGGUGCUGUGGACUUUACGUCGCGUGCCUCGAUAGCAACCCAGAGUUCGCGGCGUCCCGCGCAUGGCAAGCACUCCUUGGCAUCACGGCUUUACUUGUGGAUAUGCUUCUCAGUCCAGUGACACCAACAAAGAAAUCGUUACAGAAGAGCGCUCUGGUCCGCACGCGACGUGCACUGCGCCAUAGGCCGGAGACUCUACCCGCCGUGAUGAAAACGUUGCUUAGCCUGGCUAAGACUGUUCCCUCACCCUUGACCUUGGUACCACUUCUGGGGAUCUCUAUCGACGUCACGCUACGGCUGAAGAACGUCAAAGAUGACAAGCUGAAGUCCGUGGACCCUGCAUUGAAGGACGAGAUCCUACAAUUGUACACGGGGUCCGUUCUUAUGUCAAGGACGCCGGUCUUGUCGCAUAUUGCAAGCGCACUGCAAGGCUUCUUUUCUUCCUCGGUCACCCCCGACGACUUUACGGGCACCAUCCUACCGACGAUGGAAAAGGCACUCUUGCGCUCCCCCGAAAUCUCCCUUAGCAUCAUCGCCGGAUUUCUACCAGCGUACUCGCACCCUGUGGAAGGUGACUCGUUCCGUAGACUGCUAACGCCCACGCUGAACAGCGCCAAGUCCACUAACGCCGUCGUGCGUGCCAACGCCAGCGCACUCUUCAAGAUCCUCAUGCAGCUGAACCACAGCGCCGCAGACCAGGAGCAUGCGACAACCGAGCUCUUGAGUCUACCGAAGUCCAGCAAAACCUCAGGGCCUGACCACAGGGUCGUCUUGUACACUAUGCUCGGCGUGGUUCCUCCCUCGCAAUCAGCCUCUUCGACGAUCUUGCAAACUGCCUUGCCUUUGCUGGCGAAGGAGACGCAUGACGCUGCAGUACUCGCCUUAGCCGCGUCCAUCACCCCUCAUCUAGCGUCUUGUCUUCGAUCGGACUCUGUUCUACCUGGGGACUCUGCUAGUGUCAUGGCGAAGGAGAUGACGAACACGAAGCCUGUGAUUCGGCGCGCUUUCUGCUCAUUGGUCGGCAAUGCAUUGUGGGAUCUUGGACAGCUCGACUCUACGACCUCUAUUGCUUUCGCAAAAGCUGUACUCCCUUCCUUCGAGGCGAAUCUGAAAGCUGUGGCCGCAAACCCUACUGGGGCCCCCGCCGGACCCCUAGAGGCGUAUAUCGCUACUGCGGUUCUGCUGGGACCUUUGUCGCGAUCACAACAAUUCGACGACGUCAUCUCGCACAAUGCCACCCUUCAAUCCGUCGCUGCUGCGAGCCCGAAGCCGUCAUUCCUUCUCUGGGACAAGGUGUAUCAGAAGCUCAACAGCGAGGAAGAGGAAAGGUGGUUGCUCCGUGCAGUGGAAGUGGUGCUACCCUUCUUCAAGGCGGAGAUCCUCCGUGAUGAGAAUGCGCGCACUCUUGCAGGUUCAGUCUUCUUGCAUCUAGCCAUUGAGAGCUCGUUACCGCAGAUCCGACGAUCGUCCAUUACCGCCAUCGAAUCGCUCUCUGCAUCACAACCUGAGCUCGUCGGCCUCUCGAUGCUCUCAGCUAUCUCGUCAUACCUCUCAAAGACACAAAUUGCACCUGCAAAGUCGACUGCCGCCAACGGCGAGGAAACAGAGACCCGCGCCAACAAGGAAAACCGUCUGCCUGCCCUCAUCUUGGCAUGUGGGGCAUUUGGUGAGGAGUGCUCUCUGGACGUAAAGGAGCGCCUGUUGCAGGAGUUUGUCCUCGUCGCGCAUCACCCAGGAUUCUCUGGCAGCCUGCGCCCGGUCUGGAUCGAACUGUGUCAGAAAGCCCGUCUCGACCCUAAUGAACUUGUGUCUGCCCACGCCGAUGCGUUGCUUACGAGGGUCCUCCAAGCGAUCGAUGUAGACAGCAAGCCUCUUCCGGGCUUCGUCCAAGCAGGUUACCGGGCUAUCACAACGCUGGCGUUCGUUGCGCCUGGCGCCGUCCUCCCUAAGGUCAUCGAUCAAGUCCGCUGCGAUCUCAAGGCCGAGAACACACAUGCAUUGACGGACGACGAUCUCGGCAUUUGGGCCACUCCCGAGGGACAGACUUACGUUGACGUCCUGGCAUCCAAGAAGGACGACGCCGUAGUCAAGAAGGGCAAGGGCUACAAGGAUGCGCAAUGGGAGGCUGAAGUCCGCAAGUCUCUUGCGAACAAGAAGGCGACUGCGACUGGUAUAUUGUCGAAGCAGGACCAGGCGCUCGUGCAGGCGCAGCUGGAGAAGGAGGCAGUCAUCCGCCAGCAAGUGAACACUACCAAGGCACGGAUUGAGCAAGGUCUGCAGCUGGUCCGAAGCCUCGUCGAGGCCCGCGUCGAGGAACUGCAUGGCUUUGUUUCAACAAUCGCCGCGUUGUUGCGCGAAGGCGCGUUCGGGAAGGCGGUGACACUCGUCGGACACGCGUCGUUUGAGACUUACCUGGUCCUUUCGGAAUGCUGCUCUGAUAGGCUAGAAGCGUAUCGCAAGUGGGUCGGAGUGGCUACUCUCCGCAGCUUUGAGAUGCCUGGUAUCCCAGAGGACUUUACACUCGAGCCAUUGAACUCUUUGAUCAUCCGUGUGCUGUACCGUCUGCGAACCCUUUCGGAGCAGACGCCCUUCGACGCCGCGACAUACUGCUACGCCGCUCCUCUUCUCAGCCAGAUUCUUCUGAAGGGAGGCAUCGCCCUUGCGGAGGAAGACGACCCUCUUGAGCAAAUUGCGAUCUCAUUGGACGUCAUCAAGUUCCACUCUGGGGAAUUCUCCGACCCUGCGUUCCCUCGGACCAAGACCGUCGAGGAUCUCAUUCAUGCAAUCAGGCAUCAACCGAAACUGGCGAAGGACGCGUCAUCAAUACUUAUCGACGUCGGCCAGUCUAUGCAAGGAAAUGCAACGAGAGUCGAGAUCUCAUCGCUCUUGCGGGGAACUCUGUAUCAAGAAGUUUAUGUUCGGACUUCGUGUCUCCAAGCUCUGCAGCCAUUCGACUUGACCGAGUUGGAUUGGUCUGCCGAGCUGUGGAUCGCGUGUCACGACGAAGACGACCAGAACGCCCGUUUGUCUGUUCAUGUUUGGGAAGACAAUGGACUGGACGUUCCGGAGAACUUUCUGAAAGACCUCCUACCUUUCCUCGCGCACGACAACGCUUACGUUCGCUUUUGUACCGCGUCUGCAUUGGCGGAAGCCGUGAUCGAAUAUUGGCCUGCCUCGAUCAGUUCAGUGCUAUCGACGCUGCAAGACUUCUAUCGCGAGAAGGCCAAGGUCCUCGCCCCCGAAUUUGACCAGUAUGGUAUGCUCAUCGCACAAAGCGUCGACCGGACAGAUCCUUGGCCAGCCAGAGUCGCCGUCGCGCGCGCUUUCCAGCUUCUCGCGCCAGCGUUCACCCCGCAGGACGUGGAGCCGUUCUUCAAGUUCCUUAUCCACGAUCAAGCACUGGGUGACCGUCAUCCGGAUGUUCGCCGUGGCAUGCUGAACUGCGGCACCGCCAUCAUUGACCAGCAUGGUUCAUCUCGCCUUGCCGAGCUCAUCUCCAUGUUCGAGGAAGAGCUCGCGAGCGCAGGCGCUGGUACCGAGACUUCAGACCAGAUCAAAGAAGCCGUCGUCAUUCUCUUCGGGCGGGUGGCGAGGCAUCUCGACCCGUCUGACCCCCGUCUCCCUAGCAUCGUCGAGAGGCUGGUCGGCGCUUUGAAGACUCCCGCUGAGCAGGUGCAGAUGGCUGUGUCGGACUGCUUGUCACCUCUGGUCAAAAUCACGAAGUCACCGCCUGGGCAGUUGAUCGACCGCCUGAUGAACGAGUUGUGCGACUCCCCUUCCUACGCCGCACGGCGUGGAGCCGCAUACGGUCUUGCUGGUGUAGUGAAGGGUCUCGGAAUCUCUGCCAUCAAGGAACACGACCUCAUCGACCGCCUGAAGGCCGCCGCGGAGGACAAGAAGCGGUUCGAGCCUCGCCAGGGCGCGUUAUUCGCCUUCGAGACCUUCUCCAGCAUCCUGGGACGGUUGUUCGAGCCCUACAUCAUCCACAUCCUCCCCUUGCUUCUCACCGCAUUCGGCGACGGCACUCCAGAUGUGCGGGAGGCCGCUCAAGACACAGCCAGGGUUAUCAUGGCCAACAUGUCCGGAUAUGGUUUGAAGACUAUCCUUCCCUCCCUGCUCGAGGGUCUCGACGAGAAGCAAUGGCGGACGAAGAAGGGCUCGAUCGAGCUUCUCGGCAUGAUGGCGUACUGCGCGCCGAAACAACUCUCCCAGUCCUUGCCAAUCGUCAUCCCGCGACUCACUGGUGUCUUAACCGACUCGCACGCGCAGGUUCGCGCUGCCGCGAACAAGUCCUUGAAACAGUUCGGCGAGGUCAUCAGCAACCCAGAGAUCCAGUCCUUGGUGCCCAUCUUCUUGAAGGCAAUGGUGGACCCUGCGAAGACGCCGAAUGCGCUUACGGCUCUCCUCAAGACGUCUUUCAUGCAUUACAUCGACCACUCCUCUCUUGCUCUGGUUAUCCCCAUUAUCGAGCGCGGCCUACGGGAACGAGGGGCCGAGACGAAGAAGAAGGCUGCGCAAAUCGUAGGCAACCUUGCGUCGCUCACAGACUCGAAAGACUUCGUCCCCUACCUUUCGCGUAUCCUCCCGAUGGUCCACGUCGUCUUGGCGGAUCCCGUCCCCGAGGCACGAGCUACAGCGGCAAAGGCGUUGGGUACACUCGUCGAGCGACUAGGCGAAGUGCACUUCCCCGACUUGGUGCCGGGCUUGCUUCGCACUCUCAAGACAGACACCUCUGGCGUCGACCGCCAAGGCGCUGCUCAGGGUCUCAGUGAGGUGCUGGCCGGUCUUGGAAUGGAGCGCAUGGAGGGCCUUCUGCCGGACAUCAUCACGAACGCCCAGUCCCCUCGCAGCACCGUCAGAGAAGGCUUCAUGUCCCUGCUGGUCUUCCUCCCUGCGACGUUCGGUACCCGUUUCCAGCCGCAUCUUCCCAAGAUCAUACCGCCGAUCUUGAACGGUCUCUCGGACUCUGAAGACUACGUUCGCGAUGCUGCGAUGCGCGCAGGUCGUAUGAUGGUGACCAACUACUCGAACAAGGCGAUCGAUCUGUUACUACCGGAGCUGGAGCGUGGCAUGUUCGACUCCGGGUGGCGCAUCAGGCAAUCAUCUAUCACUUUGGUCGGAGAGCUGCUGUUCAAGGUAUCAGGCAUCAGCGGGAAGGCAGAGAUCGAAGACGAAGACGAGGUUGUGGUCGAAACUACCAUGGCUGAGUCGUCGCGAAAGGCUCUCGUCGACGUUCUCGGUCUCGAGAGACGGGACCGCAUUCUUGGAGCCCUCUAUCUCGCCCGCCAAGAUGCUGUCAACGUCGUUCGCCAAUCAUCCAUCCACAUCUGGAAAGCGUUGGUACACAACACGCCCCGCACAGUGCGCGAGAUCCUCCCCGAGCUCACCAACCAAAUCAUCUUCCUGCUCACCAGCGACGAGUUGGAUCAGCAGGAGACCGCGGCUCGCACUGUCACUGACCUCUGUCGCAAGUCUGGCGAGAAGAUGUUGUCUGAACUCAUCGUCAUUCUGCGCACAACGUCAAACUCUUCGGAUUCCCGCAAGCGUGAAGGCGUCUGCUUGAUGCUAUGCGAGCUGAUGGAGAGUACUACCGAUGCUCAAAGGGAUGGUCAGGAGGAUGACAUCAUCGUCAUGGUCCGCACGUCGCUUGUCGAUGAUGACGCCAACGUACGUGCGGCGGCAGCGAAAGCGUUCGACAUUUUGCAAGAGCACAUCGGUGCCCGGGCCAUCGACGAGACCAUACCUACGCUCUUGGAGGCCCUUCGCCAGCCUGGUCAGAGCUCUGGCACCGCACUGCAAGCCCUGAGGGAAGUCAUGUCUGUUCGGGCGUCGACCGUGUUCCCUAUCCUUCUACCCACACUCACCGCCAUUCCGAUGUCAGCGUUCAACGCGCGGGCUAUCGCAUCUCUCGUUACUGUAGCUGGAAACGCUCUGAGCCGACGCCUUACCGUGGUCCUGAACGCCCUCGUGAGGGCAUAUGAAAGUAAGGAGAUCGAAGAGGAUGAAGAGCUGAAGUCUGCGGUCGACGAAGCAAUUCAUGCCUCGAUGGCAUCCAUCUGCGAUCCUGAAGGUCUCAACACGUUGAUGUUAUUGCUCAUGGGAUGGGCCAAGAACGAUUCCGUAAGACGUCGUGUCAGCGCCUGCCAGCUCUUCACGUUCUUCUGCGAGGAUUCCGAGCUCGACCCUUCGCUCUAUCGGAUAGACUGGAUCCGCCAACUUGUCACGCUCCUCGACGACCGGGAAGUGUCUGUGCACACUGCCGCGUGGGCCUCUCUGGACGCGUUUGUGAAGUCUACUCCGAAGGACGAGUUGGAAUCCUUGGUCGUACCGCUUCGUCGCACGAUUGAGAGUACUGGCGCCCCGGGAACCUACGUCCCUGGCUUCAGCCUACCGAAGGGCAUUGCGCCCAUGGUGCCCAUCGUCAUUGCGGGCCUUACGACAGGCAGCAACGAACAACGCGAGCAAGCCGCGUACGCUAUCAGCGAUCUGGUGGAGAGGACGGAGGAGACCGCGAUGAAGCCCUUCGUUGUACCCUUCACUGGCCCUCUCAUCCGUGUCGCGACGCAGGCGACGACAUAUCCCCCAGGUGUCAAGACUGCCCUUCUCACUGCACUCACGACGAUGCUCGAGCGUAUCCCCACCUUCGUCAAGCCCUUCUUCCCUCAACUGCAACGCACUUUCGUCAAGAGCGCGAGUGACGCCUCCAGCUUGGCGGUGCGGACGAACGCGGCGCACGCGCUCGGUGUCUUGAUGAAGAACCAGCCUCGUGUAGACCCCGUCAUCACGGAGCUGCUCACUGGUGUACGGAGUAACGAGGACUCCAUCGCCGCAAGCUUGGUCCUUGCGCUAGCUCGCGUCGUCCGGAGUGCGGGAUCUAACGUCGGAGAGAAGGCCCGGGAAGCUUGUGCUGAGCUCAUCACCGAGUCGUUCAAGGAUCAACACGAAGAACCGUACUACCGAUCUACGGGCGCACUGUUCGCAUCUCUUUCUUUCUUCCCCGACGUUGUCAAGCCGAUCGUCACCGCGUAUCUGCUGGCAGGCACUCCGCAGUCCGUGCUCUCGUCGCACUGCAUACUUGCAGUAGUCUCCCCCGACGAUGACGACGACGAACAGGAGGGUCCCAACGCCUUCCAGAAGCUUGGUAUUCUCCGCUCCGUCGCGCAGAAGGCGCAAGAGAGCGCAGUGAACGAGAAACCCUCUAUCGCCCGCCCUGCCCGCGAAGCGAGGGACGCGCUAAAAGCGUCCGGAGAUGACGCACUGCACGGACUGUUCUGA